AUGAAUUCAGGACAAACACAGCAUCGUCUAGGAAGAAUUCCUCUCAUCAUUGGCAUGCCAGUCAUGUUUGCACACAACUAUGAUGUCGAUGGCAGUGUUGUGAACGGCACUUCUGGUAUCCUGGAAAAAAUCCGAUAUUGGGUAGACGACCAAGGCUUGAGGCAUGCUGUUUUGUGUGUGGUUUGUGUCAGCGAUAUGAAUUCUGAGCCUUUACCUGGUCUCAGUGUCAGUCAGGCUGUUGCCCUUCAAGAUGAUGUCGACUUGACAUUCACAGAUCAGUAC